AUGUGGACUAUCCGUGGUUAUGUCAAGCAAUUACGAGCCCUCCGACGUCCGACGUCGAACGUCGGAACCAUCGAUGGCACUGGCAAGCCUGGUCCUUGCGCUGGGAUGCAGUUCGGUUGGUGCAGUCGUCCUGGUUCCUUCGCGUCCUACGGCGCACUCGAAGCGUGGUUUGAACACCUCCGAGCGAUCACCAUCGAUCUGAGUACCGGGUUGCCAAAGAUUUAUGGUCCGCCGAGGGACGAUCGUCUUCUGCCGCACUUCGACCGCUCAGGACCGCUUGUCUUCACUCACGGUGAUAUUGGGACAAAAAACGUGAGGAUCGGCAAGGAUGGGAAGGUGUGGCUGAUUGAUUGGGGAAUGUCUGGAAUGUACCCGCCGUGGUGGGAGUACAUAGGGAUGUUGAAGUACAAGGAGUCCGGAAGGACUACUCCCCCUGUGCCUUGGUUGUGGGCCAGAGGGAUCCCUUUCAUGGCUGGAUGGUAUCCAGCGGCUAAGAAGCAUCUCAAAUCGAUUCGGAUUGGUCUAAAAAAUCCUUAUUUUCUAAUUGAAUAG